AUGCUUUUCUCAAAAAAGAAGGAAGAUCCUCAGGCCGUUCCUGAGGCAUCUCCAGAAAAUGACUUUUCUCCAUCUCUAUCCCAACAAGAUUCAUCUGCUUCCCCAUAUGAAAAUGAUGUCAAGAAGCUUGAAGAAGAAGCCGAACAAACUCCAAUAGUAGACAUUCCAAAGAAGCCUGCUUCUGCUUAUGUUACUGUUUCUAUCUUCUGUCUAUUCAUCGCUUUUGGUGGUUUUGUUUUCGGUUGGGAUACUGGUACCAUUUCUGGUUUCGUCGCUCAAACCGAUUUCAUUAGAAGAUUGGGUCAAAAGCGUGCAAAUGGUACACACUACUUGUCUAAGGUUAGAACUGGUUUGGUUGUCUCUAUUUUCAACAUUGGUUGUGCCAUUGGUGGUGUUAUCUUGUCCAAAUUGGGUGAUGUGUACGGCCGUAAGCCUGGUUUGAUUAUCGUUGUCGUUAUUUAUGUCGUUGGUAUUAUUAUCCAGAUCGCUACUAUUGACAAGUGGUACCAAUACUUCAUCGGUAGAAUUAUCUCCGGUUUGGGUGUUGGUGGUAUUGCUGUCUUGUCUCCUAUGUUGAUUUCCGAAGUCUCUCCAAAGCACUUGAGAGCAACUCUGGUGGCGUGCUACCAACUAAUGAUUACAUUGGGUAUUUUCUUGGGUUACUGUACUAACUUCGGUACCAAGAACUACUCCAACUCUGUCCAAUGGAGAGUUCCAUUAGGUCUAUGUUUUGCUUGGGCUAUCUUUAUGAUCAGUGGUAUGACCUUCGUUCCAGAAUCUCCAAGAUUUUUGGUCGAGAAAGGUAGAAUUGAGGAUGCCAAGAGAUCUAUUGCGUCUUCUAACAAGGUUUCGGUUGAUGAUCCAGCUGUCGUUGCUGAAGUUGACAGUGUUCAAGCUGCUGUUGAAGCUGAAAGAUUGGCUGGUUCUGCUUCCUGGGGUGAAUUGUUCUCAACCAAGACCAAGAUUUUCCAACGUUUGGUUAUGGGUAUCAUGAUUCAAUCUUUGCAACAAUUGACAGGUGACAACUACUUCUUCUACUAUGGUACUAUUGUUUUCAAGGCUGUUGGUUUGGAAGAUUCCUUCGAGACCUCCAUUGUUAUCGGUGUUGUCAACUUCUUCUCUACUUUCGUUGGUAUUUUCUUGGUCGGUAGAUUUGGCCGUCGUACCUGUCUAUUGUGGGGUGCCGCUACCAUGACUGCUUGUAUGGUUGUUUUCGCUUCUGUCGGUGUCACCAGACUAUGGCCUCACGGUAAGGGUAAUGGUUCUUCCAAGGGUGCUGGUAACUGUAUGAUUGUCUUCACCUGUUUCUACAUUUUCUGUUUCGCUACCACCUGGGCUCCACUAGCUUUCGUUAUCUGUUCUGAAACCUUCCCAUUGAGAGUCAAGGCCAAGUGUAUGGCUCUUGCUCAAGCCUCUAACUGGAUCUGGGGUUUCUUGAUUAGUUUCUUCACUCCUUUCAUUACUGAUGCUAUUAACUUCAACUAUGGUUACGUCUUCAUGGGCUGUCUAUGUUUCUCCUACUUCUACGUUUUCUUCUUUGUUCCAGAAACCAAGGGUCUAACUUUGGAAGAAGUCAACACCAUGUGGGAAGAAGGUGUCUUGCCAUGGAAGGCUUCUCAAUGGGUUCCUCCAUCCAGAAGAGGUGCUGAUUAUGAUGCCGAUGCUUUGAUGCACGAUGACACCCCAUGGUACAAGAGAUUCCUAUAA